CGGCAGAACAAGAAGCACUGUGGUCCAAGGCACUGUGCAUUUUUGAAUCACUUCAGUCGCGAAUGAAGUUGAUAUUGUUUUUGGGUUAUCAAAUGGCAAUGCUUGCUAUGGAAGACACGAGUGAACAAACAAGAAGGACACAGCCGAGGAUACGCCGGGGGCAUUCGGAGGUUAAACAGCUAUUGAAGCUACGACGAAAGCGGAGACGGAGAUGUUUGGCGAUUCUCGAUCAAUUGCCAUUGAAAUCUGGAAGAACGGUGUGGAAGUUCGAUAGACCACAAGGGCCAGAGUUUUGGUCGAAUGCUCUCAAACAUUUUGAUGAUGUUGAGUGGCUGAAGCGUUUCCGUAUGUCGCGGCGUACUUUUGAAUAUUUGUUGGGACUUGUUGAACAACACCUGAGGCGCAAAACAACAAACUGGCGACAGCCACUGGAGCCUCGAGUCAGACUUGCCAUUGCUUUGUGGUGGUAUGCUACCCCGUCAGAAUACAGGUCCAUCAGCUGUAUUUUUGGCGUUGGAAUUACUACCGUGUGCAUGACAGUGCGUGAAGUAGGCGCAGUGUUGAAGACACUUCUUCAUCGCUUUGUUAGCAUGCCAAGUGGGACUCGUCUUCAGGAAACUGUCGACGGUUUUGCUGCACGGGGGUAUCCGAUGUGUGCAGGUGCUAUAGAUGGCACGCAUAUCCCUAUCCUCACGCCAAGACACGACCCAGCCUCCUAUUACAACCGAAAGGGCUGGCAUUCCGUUGUCCUCCAAGCUGUCGUGGAUCAUAACCUCUGCUUUACAGAUUUGUUCGUGGGAAGGCCUGGCCGUAUGCACGAUGCCCACAUAUUUGCCAACUCCCACCUCUUCAAAAAGGUCGAAGAUGAACAAGGAGGGUACCUGUUUCCACGCGAGGUGUCCAGAACUGUAAAUGGUGUGGAGAUCCCUGUGCAUAUCAUUGGCGACCCUGCAUAUCCCCUCAGAAAGUGGCUGAUGAAGGGUUUCACCAACCAACAGGCACUCACGAAGCAAGAGCAGAAUUAUAACGGUCACUUGAACUCGGCAAGGAUGGUGGCGGAAAAAUCAUUUGGGCGUCUCAAAGGUCGUUGGAGGUGCCUGGCCAAACGACUAGAUAUUGCCACUGCUUCAGUAUCCGAUGUUGUACUCGCCUGUUGUGUUCUCCACAACAUAUGUGAGAUCCACAAAGAAGACUUCUUGCCAGAGUGGAACAUUGCUGGAGACCAGAGAUGCCAGGUACCUAGCCAGGUUGCUCACCAAGAUCCACAGGCACACACUGGUUACCAAGCUAUCCGGGAAGCUGUUAUGUCAAUUCUCUGAACUGUGCCAAGUCUAUUUGACAUUUUGUGGCUGCUGUACAUUUUCUGUAAAUAAAAUACUCUAAGGAUUCACAUGGUGUUGUAUAACUUAACUGACUAAAACAUGUGUAUGAUAAUCAGCCCAACUAGGAAUUAGCUAUGUGUUUGUACCUGAUGUUGUACUCGCCUGUUGUGUUCUCCACAACAUAUGUGAGAUCCACAAAGAAGAUUUCUUGCCAGAGUGGAACAUUGCUGGAGACCAGAGAUGCCAGGUCCCUAGCCAGGUUGCUCACCAAGAUCCACAGGCACACACUGGUUACCAAGCUAUCCAGGAAGCUAUUAUGUCAAUUCUCUGAUCUGUGCCAAUUCUACGACAUUUUGUGACUGCUGUAUAUUUUUUUGUAAAUAAAAUACUCAAAGGAUUCACAUAGUGUUGUUGUAUGAGAAUGUACGCGUGUUUUUAGUAAGUUGCUAU